UGUGAGUGAGAGAGAGGGGUGAGGGGCAGGACUGUGGUAGCAGCGUGCGCAUGGUGUAGGGUUUCGUCUUCCUUGUCUACAUCAUCGUCAGCACCACCACCACGCCCCCACGUUGGUCACGCUGGUGGCCCGUCACAAUGAUUAUGGACGCCAAGACCCACAAUUCUAACCCCCCACCAGGUGGGGGAUGGGUGGAGUCGAGCGAGGAGGUGAGUGGAGUGAAGAAGGGAGGGGAUGAUGGCGCCUCCAGCAAGAAGAGUCCCCCGACCCGCCUUGUGAGGCCCGAGAGCCUGGUGCCUCCCGACGGUGGCUGGGGCUGGGUCAUCAUCGCCGCCAACUGCAUCAUCAUGCUUGUGAUGGGCAACAUUGUGGUGAGCUUUGGUGUGCUGUAUGUCCACUUAGUUGAUAAUGGCUACAGCAACACUGAGGUAUCCGGUAUUCCUGCACUCUUUGUAGGCUUUACCUUUCUACUAGCUCCAUUGUCCACGGGGUUGAGCCGUUUUUACAGUCACCGUUGCCUCACCAUGAUAGGUGUGAUCAUCGUCUCCCUGGCAGUCUUUCUCUGCUCAUUUUACAAAAGCCUUAUUUGGCUCUACAUUUGCUUUGGAGUGUUAGCAGGUUUUGGCAAUGGGCUGGUUAUGCCCCAGUGCUUCCUCAACAGCCAGAAAUUCUUCCACCACAAGAAAGUUACAGCAAAUGGGCUCUCCUUACUGGGCGUAUCUGUAGGGUUCAUGAUCAUGCCACUUCUCAUAUGUUUCCUUGUAGAACACUAUGCAGUCCAGGGCACCUUUAUGAUAUGGUCUGGAUUACUCUUUCAUGCUCUGAUUGGUGCUUUUUUAUUCCAACCAAUUGAGUGGCAUAUGAAACCUAAAAGAGUAGCUGCUUUGGAAUCAUUGACGAUAGAACAGAAUGGUGGGCAAAGUCAGAGAAAAAGUUAUAGUUAUACCCUUGGCAACAAACUAGUUGUUGCUGGGAAGGUGGAUGAUCAGAAAGAUUUAAAUUCACAUGAAGAUGACAGUGUUGUUAAACAUUUAACAUCAGAUAAAGAAGAAAGUGAUGAUAGUGAUCAAGAGGACUUGUGUGGUAGCCAAGAUUUGACUCUAUGUAGUGACAGCAUGAAAAAGGGAUUAUCAGAUUCUUUAAAUUUAUGUAACGAAAGACCAUGGAAAAACCCAUUAACUGAUACAUUACAGACAAAUGAAUACCUGGAGCGGCCUCGCACAGUGAGCAUAGAGAGAAGUAUGGAAAUUCUUCCCCAGAUUCCAGAAGAGAGUGAAGAUGAGGAUUGUUUUGAAACUUAUGACCAACAGAUUGGAAAUGAGCGAAUUGAGUUUUUAAACAGAGAAAAUGAUACAAGAAAUAGACCUGUAAGCUUUAUAAGUUCAAAAAGUGUCGAGUCUUUCAUAAAAGCAACCACUAGUGAAAGCAUUUUUUACUUUAAUUGUGAUAUUAUCUACCAGUUUACCAGUGCCUUAUCAGUAAAGAAUGAAAAAGUCAAAGACAGAUUUCAAGCAGAAAGAGAAAGAAGCCAAGAGUUUAAUAUCAAGAUACCAAAUGUUAUUAGUAGUCAAACUCUUAAACCUCAUGUCAUUUGUGGAAUCAAGCUUCCAAGGCUUUCAGCGAUGUUAAAUUUUGGUUUAUUAACGCAUCCAGUAUUCCUCAUAAUUUUCUUCAAUACCAUGGUCACUGGAAUGGUGGGUGUAUCCUUUUUGAACUACUUACCAUCACUCUCACUUGAGGUUGGUGUGGGAAGAAACAAUCGAUACCUCUUCAUUAUCUAUGGUUCAUUUGAAUUUGCAGCCAAGAUAUUUUCAUCUGUCAUGAGUGAUAAAGUGUUGCUGCAACAACGUUACCUCAUCAUUAUUGCCUCUCUUAAUUCAGCGCUGGCAAAUUUAAGUAAGUUAAAUCUCCCAAGUACUGAUUUCUGUGAACUGAAAACUCCUGUGGUCGAGGCUCUUUUAGCAAAUAAUGCUUAA